GGUCAAACGUUGAACACGGAUACCUACGGCCGCGCUAUACUACCUCCGUUCAUAUAUGUUGUACUAGAAUAUGUCACAUCCCAUUUUAGAUUGGGUUUUUUUUUUGAAACGGAGGGAGUACGUAAGUAUCAAAAUUACGAAUCUUUAUGGAAGAUUUCAUGAACAAAAGUUAAAAAAUAAAGCUCAAUCUAUCAUAAGUGAAAUAGCAAAACUGAACCGAAUAAGGCAAAAAGGAAAAAGGAUAAAAAAAGUACGGUCCUAUUCGGACACGAAAAUCCAUCACCGUCGCCCUCGCCUGAGCUCGCGGCGCGCGCCCCGUUGCUGCUUCAUCCGGCGCCGCCGUCGUGGUCCUCACCGGCGGCCAUCGGCCCAUCGCCUCCGACAACUCCGGCGGCGCAAGCCGCCAGGCCACGCCGUCACUUCUCCUCCGUCUCUCUCUCUCGCGCGCGCGCGCGACGCGGCGGGCAUGGCAAACCUGCUAAAAUUCAAACACAGGAGUAACAACACGAGUCAGGUUACGACACGGCGACGAACUAACCAAAUCCGUCUCCGAGAUGAGCCGCCGCCGCCGAUAUCAUCCGAAGGCGCCACGCAGAUCGAUCGAGAGGCCGCCUCAGUAGAUGUUGAGCGAUCCGUGUUGCUCGGUGAAGAUCAGCGCGUCGUACUUCGCCGAGAUGAUGUCGAGAUUCUCCGGCAGGCUGAACCGGUUCGUCUGCGGCAUGGCGGCGCCGCCGCCGGAGGAGGAGGACGACGACGCGGCCGCCAGCGCCGGCGGCGAGGCGGAGGACGCCUUGAACACGCCGUUCCUCCGCUACCGUCGAGCGCGCCAUAGACCGUCACCACCGCUCGCCGCGCCGUAUUGGCCGCGGGGGUUCGCCGAUGAGGAGAAGGCGGAGAAGGAGGCGGUGGUGUUCGAGGCGGCGUUUCGGCGGCUGCUUGCGGAGAAGGAGGAGAAAGCGGAGGAGGAGGAGGGGUCGUCGUGGUUGCGAGGCGUGGUGCUGGCCAUGGAGCGGCCGCCGGAGCCGAGGGGGAAGGAUGAGGAGGUGAGGCUGCCGUGCUUGGCGCUCCCGUCGCUUGAUGGGUACAGGGUUUACUCCCUCGCCGAGGGGCGCAUGUGCGACGACGGCGACGUUCGGCUGCCGAUGGCGUGCCGCCGCCGCUACGUGUCGUCGCCGUACGGCGGGAAGGUGUUCGUCACGGAUCUCAACUGGCGCUACUUGUCGCACCUCGUCGACCCGUUCACCGGCGAGCGCACGCCGCUCCCCGACCUGCCCAUCCCGCUCUCGGAGACGGAGCCGACGCCGUGCGCGGACGACGAGCCACGCGCCAACCGCACGGUGGCGGUGGGCACCGACGACUGCUUCGCGUGGGACUGGUCCCCGCGCGGCGUCAUGGUCGCGCGCGGCGACACGGUGUUCUUCUGCGAGGCCGGCGGCGGGGAAGGCGGCGGCGAGUGGAAGCCGGUGCACCGGUCGCGGACCAACUCGCCGAUGACGGUCAACCACCGCGGCGGCUUCUUCUUCGUGCUCGAGCGGCGGUCGCUGCUCACCACGGUGUUCGACGCCGAGACGCUAGCCCCCACCGCCGAGAUCGCGCCGCCGCCGAGCCGCCACGACAUCGACGACGCCUACCUCGUCGCGUCCACCGACGACGUGCUCCUCCUGGUGCGCCGCCGCGCGGCGGACAGCGACAUCCGGGAGGUCUUCACCCACGCCUACCGCGCGCGGCACAGGGGCGCGCGGCCGUCGCCGCCGCCAGCGUGGGCGCCGGUGACGGACAUCGGCGACCGCGCGGCGUUCGUCACCAGGGCCCACGGCUUCACCGUCGGCGUCGUCGGCCCCGACCCCGACGCCGACGGCGGAGAGGAGGCGGCGGCGACAGUGCGGAGGAACCGCGUGUACGUGAUCCGCGGGAGCACGACGAGAGACCAGCUGGACCGCCGCGUCGUCAGCCACAAGAUCGGCGAGGUCCACCUCAAGAACCCCAUGCCGCCGACGCUGCUGCCAUUGCUGCAAGGCGAGCUCGACGGCGGCGGCUGCUUGCACGAACGGAAGUUGGGGCAGCCACACUGGAUCAUCAGGAGAGAUCAGCCUACGUCAGCAUCGGUCAACGAUUCAGAGGAGAGCGAUCUGUCCACGUCAGCAUCGGUCAACGAAUCAGACGAGAGCGAUCAGUCUUCGUCAAUAUCGGUCAACGAAUCGGAGGAGAGCGAUCUGUCUUCGUCAGGAUCGGUCAACGAAUCAGAGGAGUAG